UCCGAUUAAAAUUCAGUUCUCAUGCGGCUUUCAUCCGAACCGCACCGUAUCAGUUCGCAACGGAAUUUUGCCAAACAGAUACUUUUGAAACUACGUAACGAACUUCAAAGCGACACGUGGGUGUGAAAAUACGGCUAUAUAAAAAAUAGCUUUAGAUUGCAAAGUGUUCGUUAAAUUAUAAGAAAUCAGGCGAAAUAUAGUUAAAUGAUUUUUUCCUCGAUUUCACACUGUUGUAUAGUGGUUUAAAGACGAAGUGAAUUCAAACACGUAUUGUUGUAUCAUCUGGGAAAAAUCAGACAGCGAACAAAAUUGAAGCACACUCAUCAAUUAUAUGAUUUAAUCACCAUAAGCGAAAGAUUGAAAUGGCGAAGUGAAAUGAAUUCCGAGGAAUGUCCGCAAUUGGUCAACCUGUGAGUCCUGCGAAUCCCGUGUGAGUGCUGUGCGUGCCCAGACGAUGGCGGUGGGCAGUUCAAUUAUGGAGACCGUCGCUAUUUUGGCCCUGCUGCUUGGCCUGUUCAUUCGAAGUGGCUACUGCAUAGACUGUUUCAAAUGCGUGUCCUACAAUGGUGCCAACAAGGCCUGCGACGAUCCCUUUCACAACAACUACUCGACGGCCAUUUUGGAGUCGCCCUGCAUGGGCGGCCGGAAGGGGCGUGACGGCCUGUUUCCGGCCACAGCUUGCAUCAAGAUCGCCGGCUAUUACGAUGGAACUGGCGAGACGAUAACGGUGAGGGGUUGCGCCCUGGACAGCGGCACCCUGACCACCGACACAGAGAUUAUAAGAAUGUCGCACUGCGGAAAGUUCUACUACGAUGACAAGUACGUGCACGGGUGCUUGCAGAGCUGCAGCGAUGCGGAUGCCUGCAACUCGGCCAGGAGGCAGGGCGCGAGUCCCGCAGACCUGGAGUCGCUGAUGAGGCACCUGCUCAGCCUGGUGGUGUUCCUGCUGGCUGCCAGCAGGUAGCAUAGUCGAUAUCUGUAGAUCCAGUAUCCGGAGCAGGAGAAGCAGACGGAAAUAUGGCUGCAGGGGAAAUGAGGCAGUCGGGAGGGCAUUCAAGUCGUCUUGGAUGCGCGUGGAAAUCCUUUUCUUUUCCUUCGAAUCUCUCUGUGUCUAGGAUCGCAAUCGCACCCAAAUGUAAACGCACUCGAGCUGCUGCAGCAAGGACACGCUCGGAAACACACUCUCUCUUACACACAAUAACAUUAUGGAAUUCAUCAAGCAAUUAUGUGAUUUUUAAGCGAAUACUUAACAACUAUCAAACAAUAAUUGAUGAGCGCGAACGGAAACUAUUUAGAUGCUAAGCAUUCGAGUGGCGAAAAUCAAAGAAACACACU